AUGGUAAGUAUCAUUGAACAAUACACCAAGACUUGUCCACAAUGUCAACGUACAAAACAUGCACGGGUACUCCCUUCUGGUAUUUUCCAACUACUUGCUGUUCCAUACCGCCCGUGGUCUUCAAUUGGUAUUGAUUUUGUUUCUGGUAUGAGAGAGGUCCACAAAUUCAACUCUGUCCUAGUGGUUAUCGACCGUUUGACUAAAAUCGCACGGUUUAUUCCAACGAAAAAGACGCUCGACGCUAGUGACUGUGCUGACCUGCUAAUCAACCAUAUUAUCUGCCAUCAUGGUGUUCCAGACGAAAUUGUAUCUGAUAGAGAUACGCUGUUUACUGGUAAAAUUUGGGACCGUCUCAGACAACGACUACGAAUUCACCUCAAAUUUACCACAUCAUAUAACCCAGCUUCCAACGGCCAAACUGAACGAACUAAUGACACCAUGAGAAAGAUCAUAGCAAGCUAUACCAACCAACACGCCACUGAUUGGCCAAUGUACUGUUCUGUCGCUGCUUUUGCUUACAACAACACCUACCAGAGUAGCAUCAAAACUACUCUCUUCUUCGCUAACUAUGGUUUCCAUCCAAGGUUGCCUGGUUUCACCAACCCUAUACUCGACCACUCGCAGAAUAAUGAAGAGCAGCAAACCCCUGGUACCUUACAAUCCAACUUAGACUACUCACCUUCAAGCACUUACGAAAUUNUUAUGGUAAUCGAUACAAAGUAA